ACAGCAUCACGUUACCUUAUUAAAAAUCUGUAAGAUGAAGAUUAAACGAAGAAUGUCAAAGAGAUUGCUUGAUGUCCAUAUUUGUGAACUACCAAAAGUAUCCGACAGCAAUUUACCAAAACUACCGCCAAACGCAAGAUUUUAUGCACGUUGGAAACGAAAUUUCCAGAAAAUUUUUCUUGUUUCUGUGAAUCAUCCGUUAACGCGAAAUUUUUUACGCAGUUUAGCUGCGAUUGCUUUCGAAAAGCGAAGACAUGGACGUUCUUCAACAUGGUGGGUGAUACACCCUUGUAGUAACUUGAGGUAUUACUGGGAUUUUUUAAUGACGUUUACAUAUCUGUAUAUGUUUAUUGCGAUACCAUACAUUCUGGCAUUUCAAAGAGUAGCUAAAAGUUCUGGCCCAGAAAGUUGGAAUCCAGUGCAUCCUGCAUAUAUUAUUUGCAUAUUCGAUAUUGUACUUAAUUUUAUAACAGGUUUCAAAUCACGAGAUGGUCAUGAGAUUUUUCUAGAUCCUUUUUUAAUAAUUCGGCAUUACGUGAAAAGAUACUUUCUUGUCGAUUUCAUAUCGUCGGUUCCAUAUGUUUGGUUUUAUAAAGAUCGUAUUUUACCUUCUGGACCAAACUCAAAUUCUAUUUUAUUAAUUCCUGAAUUAUUACCCGUUCUAAAGAUUUUUCGUAUUUAUACAUUGCGUUUUUAUAUCCGACAAAUUAUUGCGAAUUUCACAAUUUCUCAUAGUGAAGAAAAAGCCAUCUGGUUAACACUUUUGGUAUUGUUAAUAUUUCAUUGGUACAGCUGCGUAUCACACAUUUUUCCAUUUAUCGUUGCGCAUAUAACUGGUGUUACUAAGGAGGAAUCCGAUAUGUAUUUGAUUACUACCGGAUUGUAUAAAAAGUCCGAUGCAGAUAUUUAUCUGGUCUAUUAUCAUAUUGGUAUAAGUAAUUUCUUUGCAUCAAGUUUUAUAGAGUUCCACUUCUUGGGUAAAUCAGAUACAAUAAUACGUUGUAUUUUACUGCUGUUUGGGAAAGGAUGUAUAAUUUAUUUCAUGGUCAUAGUUCUACAAUCAGUUCAGUCGGCUGCAGAACCAGAAUUAAAAUAUCAACGAAUUAUACAUCAAGUGAAAGAAUAUAUUCACGAAAAGAAACUGCCAGAAAAUCUUAAGAAAAAACUUAUUGCUUAUUAUGAAUAUCGUUUUCAAGGCAGUUACUUCAAAGAAAAAGCGAUAUCCCGGACUUUAUCAAGUCAUUUAAAUCAAGAAAUCAUGAUUCAUAGCAGCCGCGGAUUAAUAGAUACAGCAAUAAUUUUGCAUUCUUUGCCGCGUAACGUUAUUGGAUAUUUAAUGGGAAUUCUAAAACCGGUCAUUUACCUUGAGGAAGAUAUUAUAUAUAAAAGUGGAACUGAGGGUGAUUGUAUGUUCUUUAUAAUUAGUGGAACCGUUGCUCUUAUUACAUUCAAUGGAAAAGAAAUAUGCCACGAGAAAGAUGGAGGUUAUUUUGGUGAAGCAGCUUUAAUAUUUCUAGAUCAGAGAAGAUUAGAAAGUGUAAUUGCGUUAGAAGUAUUUUUUUUAUUUAGAGCAAUAAACAUGGUUGAAUUGAAGUGGGAAGAAAAAUAUGAACUAAUCACCAGAAACUUAGCUGAGUGGCUUGGCGAUGAGAAACUUAAAAGUAUUCUCAAACAACGAGAUUUGAAACUCUACUGGGGUACUGCUACAACUGGUAAACCCCAUAUUGGCUAUUUUACACCAAUGUCCAAAAUAGCAGAUUUUUUAAAAUCUGGUGCUGAAGUUACUAUAUUAUUCGCUGAUCUUCAUGCAUAUUUGGAUAAUAUGAAAGCACCAUGGGAACUUUUAGAACUUCGUACUCAAUAUUAUGAAACAAUUAUUAAAGCUAUGCUUAAAUCUAUAGAUGUACCUUUGGAAAAGCUAAAAUUUGUUAAGGGAACAGAUUAUCAGUUAUCUAAGGAAUACACAUUGGAUAUGUAUCGGUUAAGCUCUGUUGUAACUGAGCAUGAUGCAAAAAAAGCAGGCGCUGAAGUAGUCAAACAGGUUGCAAAUCCUUUGCUCUCUGGAUUGUUAUAUCCAGGUUUGCAAGCUUUAGAUGAACAUUACCUUAAAAUUGAUGCUCAAUUUGGUGGAAUAGAUCAAAGAAAGAUCUUCACUUUCUCAGAAAAAUAUUUGCCAUUACUUGGAUAUGAAAAACGUAUCCAUUUAAUGAACCCAAUGAUUCCUGGAUUGGCAGGAUCAAAAAUGUCCUCUUCUGAAGAAGAUUCAAAAAUUGAUUUGUUAGAUAAUGCUGCAGCUGUUAAAAAGAAGUUAAAGAAAGCAUUCUGUGAACCUGGUAAUGUAAAUGACAAUGGAGUUCUUUCAUUUGCUAAACAUGUAAUAUUUCCUUUAUUGAAAGGAGAAAAGACCUUUAAUAUACAAAGGACAGCCGAGUUUGGUGGAGAUAUAUCAUUUGAUACAUAUGAAAAUUUAGAGAAUGCCUUUGCUAAAGAAGAAAUACAUCCUGGAGAUUUGAAAAAUGCAGUUGAGAUUUACAUUAAUAAACUUUUAGAUCCAAUUAGGAAAGAAUUUGAAGCAGAUCCAAAAUUAAAAAAUUUGGCGAGUAAAGCAUAUCCUCCACAAAAACCAAAAGUGGUGGAGGAAUUAACACCAGCUCGAUUGGACAUUAGAAUUGGAAAAAUAGUUGAAGUUUCAAAACAUCCUGACGCUGAUUCACUUUAUAUAGAAAAAAUUGAUAUUGGAGAAGCUAGUGGACCUCGAACAAUAAUCAGUGGACUUGUAAAUUAUAUACCAAUAGAAGAAAUGCAAGACAGAAUGGUAGUUAUUCUUGCAAACUUGAAACCAGCAAAUUUAAGAGGUGUCCAAUCUCAUGGAAUGGUUUUAUGUGCUUCAGUAGAUGAACCAGUGAGGCGAGUUGAACCAUUGAGACCUCCAGCAGAUAGUAAACCAGGUGAAAAGAUCGUUGUUGAUGGAUAUGAAGAUGGUUCGCCAGACGAAGUACUUAAUCCAAAGAAAAAAGUAUGGGAAAAAUUACAAGUUGAUCUUGUAGUAAAUGGUAAUGGAGAGGCAUCUUGGAGUGGAAAUCUUUUGCUUACUGCCAGUGGUGGAAAACUCACAGCUGACAGUCUUAAAAACGUGGCAGUUAAAUAAUAAUACUUCAGA